AGGAAACGGGAGUGGAGUGGAUGUCAGCUAGGCGAGGGGACAGAAGUCACUUCUGACAUUUGUUAUCAGUAAACUGCUCUGUGGUCUGCGAGGAGAAGGCGGGACUCACUGCGCUGGACUGACUUCUUAUUGACAUUUAUCAUUCUGUUAUUGAUAACGUAUUUGUUUGGACUGUUUGUAACUGUGAACCUGAAGAUGCCAGCCGGUACUUUAGAGAGAACGUCUCCAUCCGCUGUGGCUGCCACACCGGCAAGUGGAGGCUCCACACCCGACAAACCCCGGACUCUGUCAGAGAACAGAAAGUUUUUUUUUUUCUAUUUUAAGUCCUCCAAACCAAUCAUGGAAAAGCGGAGACGCGCGCGCAUCAAUGAGAGUCUGGGCCAGCUGAAGACCCUCAUCAUGGACGCACUCAAGAAAGAUAGCUCCAGACACUCCAAACUGGAGAAGGCGGACAUCCUUGAGAUGACUGUGAAGCACCUCAGGAACCUGCAGCGACUUCAGAUGACUGCUGCUGUGAACACAGACCCAUCCAUCCUGGGUAAAUACAGAGCCGGUUUCAGUGAGUGUGUAGGAGAGGUCACCCGUUUCCUGUCCACAUGUGAAGGGGUGAACACAGAGGUGAGGACUCGCCUCCUCAGCCACCUGGCGGCCUGCGUGACGCAGAUCAACACUGUGAACUUCUAUACGCCUCACCCAGGCGCACUGGGACUUGGACAGACCGGCACACAGAUCCCAGCUGCUUCCGCUCCACAGAUGCCUUGCAAAAGUGGCUCAGCGAUGCGCCUCUCCCCAGAAGCGAUGAAGCUGUACGGUGGCUUCCAGGUUGUGCCAACACCGGAUGGACAGUUCGCUUUUCUUGUUCCCAGUGCCGCUCUCGUGCCUCUGAGCGCACAAAACAGCUAUCACAUGUCACCUGUUGCACCUCCGGCCACCUCAGACUCUGUGUGGAGACCAUGGUAGGAAAUCAGCUCAAGGACUAUCACAAUAAGUUUGUACAUUUUGUAAAUGUUUUCAGAACCUACUUGAGAGGGAUGUUUACACACAUUUGUGUUUUUUAUAUGGACAUUAGGAAAUAUUCUUGGCCUCUUUGCUUGCUGUGAUUUUCUCUGUUUUUGAUAUGGCACAAGUCAUUUGCCUCAGGAGGUCAAAGAAAAUCCUUGAAAAGCACUGUAUUUUUUGAGAUUAAUAAAAUGUUUUUAUGAUGUUUAUUA